UCCAGGACCUGCGCCUCUCUAAGCCCAUGUGUGUAGUUUCCAGCAUGGCUACGAAAGGCAAACAGCGGCCAAAAGCCGUGAGACGGGAGGAAAAUGAAGAGGACACGUUUGAAAAUGACAACGACGAAGCAGAGGAAGGGGGGCAGGACGGGGACGAGGAGUUUACUCUGGAGGAUGUCCUGCGUUUGGGUGGCACUAAGGCAGACUAUGUUAUGCUUGUUGGCCUCGAUGACAGUAACGAGCUAGUAAAUGGCGGAAAGAAGGGUGCCAUCGACGAUUUGGAGGAUGGUGAACUAGAACAGUUCAUCACGAAGCUGGGAAUCCGUAACUAUUUAGACCAGCAGAUUGUGAAAGAAGACGGCGACGAUGAUGAUGAACAAGAGGAGAAACCCACAGAACCCGCUGAGAAAAAGGAGGUCAAGAAAAAGGAACCUUCCAAAACAGAGUCUGACAAAGCCAAGCAAGAAGCGGAGCGCAAGAAGAGGGAUAAAGAGGCAAAGAAAGCAGCAGCUGCUGUAAAGAAGGCCAGGCAAAACGCGAGCAUUUUCGAGUUCUACCCCAGACAGACGCUUUUGGUCAAACCUGGGGGAAAAUGGUAUGAUAUAGACUACACUUCAGAGACCAGCUCUUCAGCUCAAGACGAGUCAUUAGUUUCUCAGUACAAAGUUUUGGCUCAGAAGCUCUUUGAGGCCGAAGCUGAACUCUAUAAAACCAAGAAGAACUUUCAGAAAGGAGCCAACACGACCUGGAUGAAGAAUGUUGUUUCUACAGGAACUCUGGCUGACAGAAUGGCCGCUCUGACGAUUUUGAUCCAGGAUGCUCCGGUGCACUGUCUGGAGCACAUUGAGAGCUUGGUCACUUUGGUCAGAAAGAAGGGCAGUCGCAGGGAAGGUCUGAUGGCUGUGGAAACCCUUAAGGAACUUCUGUUGUCUGACCUUUUGCCAGAGAAGCGUAAGCUUCGUGCCUUCGCACAGCGACCUUUCAACGAGCUGGAGGAGCGAGCCAGCGGCAACAGAGACGUCCGAGACCGGAGGCUAAUCCUGUGGUACUUUGAGCACAAGAUGAAGCUGAUGAUGGCUGAGUUUGUGGUGGCCCUUGACACUUUGGCUCAUGACUCCGUCCUGGCCUCUAAAACCAAGGCGCUAACCACUGCUCAUGAGCUGCUCUGUAACCGCCCAGAGCAGGAAAAAGCCCUGCUGGCUCACAUAGUCAACAAGCUAGGAGACCCUGAGUACAAAGUGGCCUCCAAAGCGUCCUAUCUGUUGGAGACGCUGCUCCACAAACACCCCAACAUGAAAGGGGUGGUCUGCACCGAAGUGGAGAACCUAAUGUUCAGGCCCAACAUCAGCCCCAAGGCUCAGUACUACGCCACCUGCUUUCUCAACCAGGUCAUGCUGAGCCACGAGGAGGCCGACCUGGCCACCAAACUCAUCACCAUCUACUUCACCUUCUUCCGCAUGUGCGUCAAGAAGAAAGACGUGGAGUCCAAAAUGCUCAGUGCUCUGCUGUCAGGAGUGAACAGGGCGUAUCCGUACACUAAGGUGGGCGACGAGAAGGUGCAGGAGCAGAUGGACACACUGUUCAGAGUGGUGCAUAUGGUGAAGUUCAGCACCGCACUGCAAGCUCUAAUGCUGCUAUUUCAAGUCAUGAACUCUCAGCAAUCGGUGUCAGAUCGCUACUAUGUAGCUCUUUACAGGAAGCUGCUGGAUCCAGGCUUGUCCGUGUGCUCGAGGCAGAGCAUGUUCCUCAACCUGCUGUAUAAAUCCCUGAAAGCAGACGUAGUCCUGCGGCGGAUAAAGGCUUUUGUAAAGAGGCUUCUGCAGGUCAGCUGUGAGCAAAGCCCAGCCUUCGCAUGCGGAGCGCUCUUCCUGGUGUCAGAGGUGAUGAAGAGCAAGCCUGGCCUCAAGCUCCUUCUACAAGAACAAGAGGAUGCUGAGGAGGAAAAGUUUGAAGACCUUAAAGGGGAAGAUGAUGAUGAGGAGGAGAGGUUUGUGGAUGCUGAUAAAGUUGAAGAGGGACAGAGUGAAAAACCUGAGCAGCCCAAACCAACUGCAUCUUGGGUACAUCACCAAAACCUGGAGGGUGGUAAAAGCAGGGAGGCGUAUGACCCGACUCACAGAAAUCCUUUGUACUGUGGAGCAAACUACACCACACUGUGGGAGCUGCAGAAGCUCUGUGUUCAUUUCCACCCCUCCGUGGCUCUUUUUGCAAGGACCAUAAUGCAGGGAGAGUUCAUCCAGUACACAGGAGACCCUCUGCAGGACUUCACACUCAUCAGGUUUCUGGAUCGCUUUGUGUUCAGAAACCCCAAACAAAUAAAGGGCAAACAAAACACAGAAGCCACUGUAAUGCAACCAAAGCACAGACAGUCCAUGAGUAACGUCCGCUCAUUACCUGUAAACUCCGAGGAGUAUCUGGCGAAAGAGGAGAGUCAGAUCCCUGUGGAUGAGGUGUUCUUUUACAGGUUCUUUAAGAAACGUGAGGGAGAGAAGCGGCUGCAGAAGCCUCGAGGAGGUGAUGAUGAGAGUGUGGAAGAUGUGGAUGAUGAUGAGUUUGACCGAAUGCUUGACACUUUUGAGGGCGACAGCUUCUUUGCGGAUUUUAAGGAUGCUGAGCUGGACUUUGCUGGUAAUGUGAAGGCCAAAUCCAAGAAAGGCAAAAAGGCUGAAGACUCUGACUCUGACCUGGACUCAGAAGAUGACCUGGAUGAUGAGGAAGUGUCUCUGGGAAGUAUGGACAGGGAAGAGUUUGGAGACGAGCUAGAGGAGGAAGGUGGCGAGUUUAUGGACCUUGAGGGAGAGGAUGAGGAAGAAGUACCAGAGCUCGAGGACGACGAAGGAGACUUUGAUGGUGAGGAUGAAGACAUGGAUGAUCCACCAGACAUCAGAACAAAACUCAAAAAGGGAAAGAGGAAAUCGUCAGAGCAGUUUGACUUCUCUGGAUCUUUGGGGCUGAAACCAGAAAAGAAGAAAAAGAAAGGAAAGAAGGAUGUAGCAAUGUUUGCAUCAGCUGAAGAGUUUGGGGAACUGCUGGAUGAAAACGUGGGCUCCAUGUUUGACAACCUUGGCAUGAACGCGAUGGCCAACAAAGAUAAAGCCAGUGUCAAACAACUGAAAUGGGAAGCCCAGCGUGACGAAUGGAUCCGAGGGCGCGACGUGAAGACGCUCCGGAGGAAAAAGACCAUGUUUAAAAAAAGGAAACAGUUUGGAAAAGCCAAACCAGCCAAAAGAACUGCUGGCAAAAAGAAAUGAACAGUCUGACAUCCUCUUGUGUAUCUGUGUGCCUUUAAUCUUGCUUAGACCACGCUUCCCGAUCUGCUUCCCGGAUGCCAUAAAUUCCAGACCACUCGUUGGACUUGUAAAAAACUGAGAGUAAAGGAAGAGUGUUAAGUUCAUCAGGGAGUUCGUUAUUCAUGUUUAGUUGCCCUGUUAGUGGCAAAUGUUGCUAUCAAGGACACAAAACUACGGAUCCCCGGAGGGGACGGAGGUAAAAAAAAAAAAAAAAUUAUAAUUUGAGC